AUGGCUGUCUCCGCCCUCAAGUCUGCGCAGGGCUGCUGGUACACCGGACCAGAGUAUGAGCAAGGUUGCCCAACCCUGACUGCGCACAAGUUCAUGCAAGUAUCUAACCUGCUCUUGGAGAAUCCGAAUCUGAACUCGACUCACCUUUUCCGUGCCGAUGUUUUGUACGACAGCGCUGGUGUCCUGAAAACUAUGGACGAAAAGGAAAGACAAUGCCAGUUCUCUAGCUGCGCGCCUCAUGACGAAGAGCCGGUCCAUGUUGUAGGAUCAGCGCCUAUCUUCGACAAUGCCAUCCUAGAGCGAAAGGUGUUGAGGAAGCUCAUCCCUCGCAAACCACAACUCGACCGGGCCCUCGAGCAGUGGUGCUUCAUCUAUAAAAAAGUCGGGACGUCUGACAUUGUCACCGGCCACCUCGUCGUCUACGUGCCCACGGUCACAUCCGAGACAGAUGUUCCUUGGUACCAUCCACCCGUCAAGUCUUUGGCCUACCUCUACGAGAACACAAGCAGUCAUCCUAUGCUGUCUGUACAUUUCUUGCCGUUCACCCACCCGGCUCCUAGCCCCUUGCCUUCGCGACUACAUCGCACCUUCAUCUCACUGCUUCACACGUUCCUCAGGCUCGCGAAGAUUCCCUCCCCGAAUCAUGCCCCCAACGGGGCCCUCGAUGGCAGCCACCCGAUCGCUUCCAGUGACGCCUCCAUGGCCCCAUCCGCACUCAAAGAUACCAUCUUACCCCAGCACAUCGUGCAGAACACGUACAGCCGUCUAAAGCAACAGUACGCACAAGACCUCAUAUCGCGUUGGGCCGAAAACACCGAGCCCUCUAAGCACGUGUUUGAGGACCUCUCGAUCGCCGCUUUUGUCAUCGAACUCUGGAAGCAGAUGUACCAGCAGCCAGAGAGUUUCCCCGGCUUCGUCGACAUGGCCUGCGGCAACGGCGUUCUGAGUUACGUGCUCAUCAAGGAGGGUUACCGCGGACGCGGGUUUGACGCUCGCAGGCGCAAAAGCUGGAAAGAGCUGGGGAUGGACGAGUACUUGGAUGAGAUGAUCUGUAUUCCGCAACCAUUCAUUGACCAUGCAUUAGCUGAUGUCAAUGAAUCCCUGCCAGGAACGCGGGUCCACAGUGGCCUCUUCCACCCGGGCACUUUUAUCAUCUCCAACCAUGCCGAUGAACUCACGCCUUGGACGCCGAUUCUUGCAGCAUUGUCAUGUCCGGAAUCUCCGCUUCCCUUCCUCUCGAUCCCGUGCUGCUCGCAUGCCCUUAGCGGGGCAAGGCAUCGCUAUUCCCCAGGAGAGAUCAAGCCGGGACCGCGGCCGACAAGGAGCGUACAUGAUAAGGAGGAACAGCCCACAGUCGGCGACUUGAAGGCAUUGCGCGCCACCAAGGCCAAAGCAGCCAACCAUACAGAUGACAAGUCCAUGUAUGCGUGCCUGACGCGCAAAACAGUCGCACUGGCUGAGGAAGUUGGGUUCGAUGUGGAGUUAACUUUGAUGAGAAUCCCCAGUACUAGGAACAUCGGCAUUGUGGGCAACAGGAGGAGAGUGGCCGUAACUCAACACUCGAAAUCGAGUGACAGAGUGACAAGCUCGUCAGCAUCCAAUGAUGCACUGCCGGUGAAGAUCCAAGCCCUGCUAGAACGCGAAUGUGCCAUGUCAGGUGGUAUCGGAGGGGCCGCGAAAACGUGGGUCGACGGAGCACGAAAACUCCAAACAGGCACAGGAAGAGGAAAGAUCAAUUUGCGUGGGAUUCCAUGUGCCGGUUGA